AUGCAUUCUGCACAUGCAUUGCAGCAGCACUGCAGGGUCGCUAAGUUCUACCGCCACGAGGACGGCAUUCGAGAUACAUCCCCAAUUAGACCAUUGGCAAGGCUUGUCAUCCUGCUGGCUAUGGGUAGAGUUGAAGGAUCAGGCCAAUCACAUGGAUCUCGGCCCCAAAAACACGGUGAAUUUUAUCGCCAGAAUUGUGUAGCAUCCGAUAAAUACGCCGGUUUCCCGCGGAUAGGACGCCAAAGCUCGAGCCGGCACAAACUCAAACCUCGACCGGAGAAACAAGAAGCGAACUUGGUAACGAUGAACGGAGUACGGAGUAAAGAGAACAUCUGCUUGGAAAUCCCCAGGAUUCGAUUCCGCCAGACCGCCAGGGCCCGUAACCCAGGAGUCCCCGCAGGCAAAGUAUCAAGGAUUAGAAUACGAAAGCAGCACCUUCUCUGUGAUGCAUCUCAAUACUUUGGUGUGGACCCUGAGUAA